AACAAUCAAUAAGAAAAUUAAAAAUUAACAAAAUACUUUUAAUAUAAUUUGUUAUCAUUAUCAAAGUUGCGCGCAUUGUCUCUUUAUCUAGAAAGUUCCUAUAUGGUUAUAACUUCAUAUUUUGUUUUGUUAUAUUCAUGAUCUUCAACUCUUCAUCAUAAUCAUGAAUCCGGCCCUUGUCACGUUGGACUUCGAUCAUACGAUCAUAGACGACAACAGCGACAUAGUUGUCCGGGACCUGCUCAGGGGCGGAGUGCCAAGCGAAGUUGAAAACCUACACAGCAAAAAUGGUUGGACGAGGUAUAUGCAAGAGGUGUUCCGCCUUGUCGCAAAAGAUGGUUACACAGAGACGCACAUCAGGAAGGCGAUAUCUUCUAUACCACCUGUGCCGGAUUUCCUCACGUUCUUCCAUGAGCUGAAACACCUCAACGCCGAUGCGAUCAUCAUAUCGGACUCGAACUCUUUCUUCAUACGAGCCUGGCUCGAAGAGUAUGACCUGCUCAACAGCAUCGCAGACGUUUUCACGAACCCGGCUGAGUUUGAACGUGGAGUAUUGCUCAUUAAAGAGUACAUGAACCAAGACUGGUGCAGGCACUCGACUGUCAACUUGUGCAAGGGAUACAUCCUGGACUCUUUUAAAGAGCGGAACAGGCUGAAUGGCAAAGAAUACUCGAGGACGUUUUACAUUGGGGAUGGAAAAAAUGACUUCUGCCCGUCACUCAGACUGACGAAGGACGACUUCGUCUUCCCCAGGGUUGGCUUCCCACUGGCAAGGAAGCUCAGCGAAUGUGAUGAAAUCAAGGCAACUGUCUGCCCAUGGUCGCACACAAGGGAGAUAAUGGAUGUGAUCAAAGAGUAUGCCCCACUGUGACAAGCCCUGUGAUACUGCCUCGUCAAGAUGUAAAUAGCAAUUUUCCUCAUCUGCUCUCCCCCUUAAUCAGUCACAUUUUUAUACGCCAAAGAGCACCACUUGUACAUAAGGCUGAAAGCUAAUUAUAUUUUUUAUGUUAUGAAUAAUAAAAAUAUUAAAGUAGA